CCCCACGCCUCCCAACCCCUCUCUCCUCCUCUGCUCCCAAGAUCUCCUCAUCUCCCGGCCCGGCAGCAGCGCGCGGGGGGCAGCGAGAUCGAGAUCCGGAGGAGGCGCGGCACCUCGCGGCACCAGCAAUGGCGGGCACGGUGACGGUCCCGGGGGCGAGCGUCCCCUCCACGCCGCUGCUCAAGGACGAGCUCGACAUCGUGAUCCCGACGAUCCGCAACCUCGACUUCCUGGAGAUGUGGCGGCCCUUCUUCCAGCCGUACCACCUCAUCAUCGUGCAGGACGGCGACCCGACCAAGACCAUCAAGGUGCCGGAGGGCUUCGACUACGAGCUCUACAACCGCAACGACAUCAACCGCAUCCUCGGCCCCAAGGCAUCCUGCAUCUCCUUCAAGGACUCCGCCUGCCGCUGCUUCGGCUACAUGGUCUCCAAGAAGAAGUACAUCUACACCAUCGACGACGACUGCUUCGUUGCCAAGGACCCAUCUGGCAAGGACAUCAACGCUCUUGAGCAGCACAUCAAGAACCUCCUCAGCCCAUCCACCCCGUUCUUCUUCAACACGCUGUACGACCCCUACCGUGAGGGUGCUGACUUUGUUCGUGGGUACCCAUUCAGCCUCAGGGAGGGCGCCCACACUGCUGUCUCCCACGGCCUGUGGCUGAACAUCCCUGACUAUGAUGCUCCCACACAGCUGGUCAAGCCUAAGGAGAGGAAUGAAAGGUAUGUUGAUGCUGUCAUGACAAUCCCCAAGGGAACGUUGUUCCCCAUGUGCGGCAUGAACCUUGCCUUCGACAGGAAUCUCAUUGGCCCUGCCAUGUACUUUGGUCUCAUGGGUGAUGGCCAGCCUAUUGGUCGCUACGACGACAUGUGGGCUGGGUGGUGUGUGAAGGUCAUCUGCGACCACUUGAGCCUGGGUGUCAAGACUGGCCUGCCAUACAUCUGGCACAGCAAGGCUAGCAACCCCUUCGUUAACUUGAAGAAGGAAUACAAGGGCAUCUUCUGGCAGGAGGACAUCAUCCCCUUCUUCCAGAAUGUGACCAUCCCCAAGGAGUGUGACACGGUCCAGAAGUGCUACAUCUACCUCUCUGGGCAGGUGAAGGAGAAGCUGGGCAAGAUCGACCCCUACUUUGUCAAGCUUGCUGACGCCAUGGUCACCUGGAUCGAGGCCUGGGAUGAGCUGAACCCAACUGCUGCCGCCGCUGAGAACGGCAAGGCCAAGUAGAGGGGGCCCCUGGUCUUCACUUCCCCUUCGAAGUGAUGAAAGUAUGAUUGGGGCCUGCCUAGGCCCCAUAGAUAUAGCUCUUUUUGAGAGGGAAGAGAGAUUAAUUCAGCAGCAGCUUUUAUAAUUCUUUGUUGUUAUGAUACCGUGGUUCUUUUGUAGUUGAUGAAAGGGAUUUGUCGUUACUAUCAUUUACAUAAUUCAAGACAAUAAUUUAUCGUGUAAUUUUGAGAAUCAAUGCACUGUUUGUGUUGAA